AUGAAAGGAGACUCGCGACCGCGCGCGUCGGCUCCCCUGAGCAGGACGACUCUCUUGGUCCCCAGCAUCCACUGCCCGACAUGCACAUCCUUCAUCGAGGCCCUUCUUACCUGCCUGGAUCCCAAGAUACGGAGCGUCGAGACCUCGAUUGUGAACCAUAGCGUUACCGUCGCUCACGAGCCCGAUUUCGACAUCAACAAAGCGGCAGAUGCCCUCAUCGAGAAUGGCUACGGCGUCGAUAGCAUCUUUCCCGAGGACGACCCAUCCCGGGAUGAAUUUCCCUCCGACGAGGCUCCGGACUUAGCCGACGACACAUUUCCCCUCCCUUGGCUCGGCCGAGCCCUGCACACCUGGAGUCGCCGUAGCCGAGCCGAGUUGGACGAGGAGACCACCAGGCGGCGCCAUGCCGAGCACUGCAAGCCUUGCCGGGAAGCACUACAGGAAGCUGCAUCAGGCGACAAACUAAAACCCUCGACAUCCAAGGCCUCUAGUGAGCAAGAACAAUCUGCCCUCGUGGUUACGACCGGCAAGUCAGAUGUGCCAAAACUACGCCGAGCUGUCCUUUCCGUCGAUGGGAUGAGCUGCAGCUCAUGCGUCAGCAAGAUCACAGGGACUCUCGAGGAAAUCUCCUGGGUCAAGUCUGCUAGCGUUGCCCUCCUCACCCGCUCGGCUAAUGUGGAGUUCUAUGAGGUGGGCGACCCGCAGAAGCUCGUUGAUGCCAUCGAUGACAUCGGAUACGAAGCCGCCAUAGAGGAAGUUGGUGAUGUUGAAGAACCGGCCAAAGCUCAGAAGAAGGGCGACAGGUGCCAGGCUUCAUUCACGAUCAGCGGCAUGUCAUGCAGCUCGUGCGUCGGCAAAAUCACACAUUCUCUCGAAUCGCUGCCUUGGAUAUCGGAUGUCAACGUGAACCUGGUCACGCACAAUGCCACUGUCGUCUUUGAAGGGCGGGAUCGAGUCGAAGACAUCAUCGCGGCCAUCAAGGAAGACGGCUACGACGCAACUCUCAACAAUAUUGAAGAUCUCGGACAAGAGCAAGAGAAGACCACCAAGCGAACUGUGGCGGUGCGCAUCGAUGGAAUGUACUGUCAACAUUGCCCCAGCAAGGUGACUGCGGCACUGCAGCAAUUUGGAGACCGAGUAUCUGUGGGCAAAUCACCGACUCUUGAGCGGCCCAUCAUGUCGUUCACUUACCAACCCGACGCGCCGGACUUCACUGUGAGAGCUAUUCUGGCCGAAAUCUCUGGUGCCGAUCCCGCUUUCUCCCCCGCCAUCUAUCAUCCACCCACAGUAGAGGAGCGAUCACGACAAAUGCUCGCACGAUCCCGCCGCCGUCUUUUCUAUCGAGUUCUGCUUGCAGUUGCGGCAGCCAUCCCCUCUCUCAUCAUUGGCAUCGUAUACAUGAACCUCCUAUCCUCGGACAAUCCUGGUAAACACUACCUUAUGGAGCCCUUGAAAGGUGUCUCCCGAGCCGAGUGGUCCCUCCUAGUCAUCGCCACACCCGUCUACUUCUUUUGCGCGGACGUCUUUCACCGGCGCACCAUCAAGGAGCUAUACGCUCUAUGGAGACCGGGAAGUUCAGUCCCCAUACUCAGGCGCUUCUAUCGCUUCGGCAGCAUGGACAUGCUCGUUUCUUUUGCCACCUCGGUGGCCUACUGGGCUUCGAUCGCCGAGAUCAUCGUCGCCACGACGAUGCCCGAAGGGGACCACAUGAAGGGCAUGACCCACCUCGACUCGGUCGUCUUCCUCACCAUGUUCCUCCUGAUAGGGCGGUUGAUCGAGGCGUACAGCAAGGCAAAGACGGGCGAAGCCGUGACCAAGCUCGGAAGCCUCCGUCCCAAGAGCGCCAUGCUCGUCACACCGGCUCGAAGCAAGGACGAGACUGAGCAGACGGAGACCGUCAGCAUCGACAUGAUUGACACCGGCGACCUGGUCCGUGUCGUGCACGGUGGCUCUCCCCCAUGGGAUGGCAUCCUCACCCACGGCGAGGCUGAGUUCGUAGAGUCGAGCCUCACGGGAGAGUCGAAGCCUGUCAAAAAGGCAGUUGGAGAUCCUAUCUAUGCCGGGACGGUGAAUAAGGGCGGACCCAUCACCAUGCGCAUCACUGGCGCUUCCGGCGAUUCUCUACUCGACCAGAUCAUCAAGGUGGUCAGAGAAGGCCAGGCUCGCCGUGCCCCGAUCGAGCGGGUGGCUGAUAAGAUCACGGGAUACUUCGUCCCCGUCGUCACCCUCCUGGCCAUCGCAACCUGGCUGAUUUGGCUUGGCCUCGGGGUCUCUGGUCGACUGCCCCAGGACUAUCUCACAGUCUCUGUCGGUGGCUGGCCUUACUGGUCUCUGCAGUUCGCCAUCGCCGUGUUUGUCAUCGCGUGUCCUUGCGGCAUCGGCUUGGCUGCCCCUACGGCUCUGUUCGUCGGCGGAGGCCUGGCUGCACAGCAUGGAAUCCUUGCCAAAGGUGGCGGUGAGGCCUUCCAGGAAGCGAGCCACAUCGACAUCAUCGUGUUCGACAAGACCGGAACAUUGACAGAGGGCGGGGAGCCCAAAUUGACGGACCACCGAUUCUUCCUCUCAAAGGCGUCCCAAAUAGACAAGGCUACGGCUCUUGGCUGCGUCAAAGAGCUGGAAGGGAAUAGCAGUCAUCCUAUCGCAAAAGCGGUUGUUGCAUUCUGCGACUCGAGGCACCUGUCUGGGACAAAGUUUAAGCCCAAGAAGAUUCAGGAGAUUGCCGGCAAAGGUAUGAAAGGGCUCUUCGAAGUGUCAUCGCAAUCUGGCACGCUCGAGGUCAUUGUCGGCAACGAGGCACUCAUGAAGGACCACGGUGUAGUGGUGGAGCAAUCUGCUCUAGACGAGCUCGACACUUGGAAGGACCAGGCCAAGUCGGUCGUGCUCACGGCUGUCAAACGGCAGGCUGAAGGAGAAGACGCGGACUGGUCAUUAGUAGCCAUCUUCGCCACUGCCGAUCCUCUACGCCCCGAGUCCCAGCCCGUCAUUAACACUCUUCACAAGCGAGGAGUGGCAGUCUGGAUGAUCUCUGGUGAUAAUGCCAAGACCGCGAACGCGGUUGCCGCCAUGGUCGGCAUCAAGCCGGAGCGUGUCAUCGCCGGUGUCCUGCCUGAACAAAAGGCGGAGCAAGUCAAGUACCUGCAGAAGAGCCAGACCGUCACCGAGGGCCGCUUCAUGGGGGUAGGCCCCAAGAGGACCCGCAGGCCGAUCGUGGCCAUGGUCGGCGACGGCGUCAACGACUCGCCGGCCUUGACCGUCGCCGACGUCGGCAUAGCCAUUGGCUCCGGAUCGGACGUGGCCAUCUCGGCCGCCGAGUUUGUUCUCGUCAACUCGAGCCUGCAGACCAUCCUCACUCUCACCAGUCUCAGCCGGGCUGUCUUUCGGCGCGUCAAGUUCAACUUCGCGUGGGCUCUGGUCUACAACGUUGUUGCGCUGCCCAUCGCCGCCGGUGUGAUAUACCCUAUCAAGUCCAACGGUGGGCACACGCGGCUGGAUCCGGCCUGGGCAGCGCUGGCGAUGGCUCUCAGCAGUCUGAGUGUCAUUUGCAGCAGUCUCGUGCUGAGGUCUCGGCUUCCCUUGGUCGGAUAUCGAGGAUAG